AUGGAUCCUUUCAAUAAACUCCCACCUGAGAUUCGAGUUAAGAUCCUCGGAUCUAUUCCCUCCCAUGCAACAACCGCGCGACUGAUUCGAGCGUCGCCCAUCAUGCUGGCCCAAUAUACAACCACAGAGUCGACGAAUUUGCUCGAAUACUUGUCGAUACUCGUCGGUAACGAUAUCAAUGAUCAUGAGCUUCUCCAAGACGCUCUCGCGGUCAUCCAUUUCAGCCAAGAUUGCGACAAGGACUCAGUCUGCGAUCUUGUGCGCAACUGGAAAACCAAGAGUCUCCCAUCACCUUUUCCCCGGAGUGAUUACGCCAUAAUCACGAAUCUUCGGCUUCUGUUUGAGCGCACGAGCGAGUUCAUCGACGAUUACCUCAGCAAAGCAACGGCUCAGAAUACUGUCGAGGCGUAUCUUCAACCCCCGCGCCGUACAUACAUCGAUACCGUUGACCCGCAGCCCAUCACUUUACAUGACCUUAGCCCCCAAGAGAGACUUCGCCUCUUUCAGGCGUUCAUCAAGUUCGAGCUCCUCUGCAAGAUAUGCAGCCAACGAGUCCAGGGCGCCCUGGCAACGACUUCAAUGAAGGGAGCGCCCAAAUCAAACAGCUGGGAGAAGGAAGCUUUGGCGUGCGUAUACGAGUACAUGAAAGCCUCCUAUACCGCGAUAUUUGCGCAGUGCGCAGGGGUACCGACGUUCAAGCGGUACAAGAACACUUGUGACCGUCUGAGGCGGUUCAGGCUCGAUAGACCAUUCUUUCUCGAAACGAUGCUUUUCGACCCCCAUUAUCCCUUUCUUUGUUAUCCGUUUCCCAAGUAUUCCGCCAUAUACCUCGAGGAACUACCUUGGUGCGGGUUUGAUGUGUUGUCGCACCUAAUGACAGAGGCGAAAAAAGCAAAAUGCACACCAGCUUGGAUCCUGGACAUGUGUUCAAGGUAUAAACGGAGGGGCAACGACAGGGUCCAGCCCUUUCUUGAUCGAGCCUUGGCGAAUAUGCCUUCCGGGCAAGAAACAGGUCUAUGGGCGUAUCUGCCGACAGGCCACUCAAAUGGCACGGAUACCGAAGCCAACCAAAUCACGAGAACGCAGCGCACUAUAUACCAACAGCGAGCUUGGGUAUUCUUCGAUGAUGCGAGAUUGUGCCCUGGUCGAGAAGCCCAUUUUCCGACAGCAGAAGAGAUGAAAACAGAGAUAGAGAAACUGGAAAAUGAACGGAUGAUGGAAACGAGGGAGCAGUGGAAGGAGUACUUUGAUAAGAAAAGGCCUAACCCUCCUCGGUACAAGUCCGCAGCGAAAUGCGUACGUUAUGACGAAGACAUGGAAAUGAAAGAAGACAGGGAGAUUUAUCUCGGGCAUUUGGCCGCUCCACCAUUCUUUGCAUUACAUUAG